GAAACCAGACAACCACAGUUCUCUCUAGCUGUGAUCUAAAAGGAGGAGCAUCCAGCAGCAGGGCUCCAGAAGAGGCUCUUAUGGGGCAGGUGGCUCGCUCAUUACCUUGUAUUCCUGCAUCCCGGCAUCCCGGCAUCUCCCUCUGUGAACUGUUGUCUAAAUUCCCACCAGAUGAACAACACUUACAGACAUAUGCUGCCGCCGGACCUUUGGCUCAAUGAGACUACUAGGGAGUCUCUGGCCGGGGAAGACCAGCAGGGGAACCGGACCGGCAUCGGCACCAGCAUCGAGCCUGGUCUGUGUGAGCCGGUCCACAUCCAGGCUGAGGUAUUCCUGACUCUGGGGAUCGUCAGCCUUCUGGAGAACAUCUUGGUGAUAUCGGCGGUGGUGAAGAACAAGAACCUCCACUCACCCAUGUACGUCUUCCUGUGUAGUCUUGCUGCUGCUGACAUGCUGGUGAGUGUCUCCAACUCACUAGAGACGGUGGUUAUCGCUGCGCUGAACAGUCGGUUGAUAGUGGCGGACGACCACUUUAUUCAACUUAUGGACAACUUCUUUGACUCCAUGAUCUGUAUCUCCCUGGUGGCCUCCAUCUGUAACCUUCUAGCUAUCGCCAUUGACCGUUACGUGACCAUCGUCUAUGCCCUGCGCUACCACAGCAUCGUGACGAUGCGACGGGCUCUCCUGGCCAUCGGGGGGAUCUGGCUGACAUGUGUGGUCUGUGGGAUAGUCUUCAUCGUCUUCUCAGAGAGCAAGACGGUCAUUGUGUGUCUGAUCAUCAUGUUCUUCACCAUGCUGGUGCUCAUGGCCACUCUGUACAUUCACAUGUUCCUGCUGGCGAGGCUGCACAUCAAGCGCAUCGCUGCUCUUCCUGUGGAGGGCUUGGUGCCCCAGAGGACCUGCAUGAAGGGAGCGGUCACCAUCACCAUUCUUCUGGGGGUGUUCGUCUGCUGCUGGGCACCUUUCUUCCUCCACCUCAUCCUCCUCAUCACCUGUCCCAAGAACCCGCUCUGUGUCUGCUACAUGUCCCACUUCACUACCUACCUGGUGCUCAUCAUGUGUAACUCUGUCAUAGACCCCGUCAUCUAUGCCUUCCGCAGCCUCGAGAUGCGCAAAACCUUCAAGGAGAUCCUGUGUUGUUUCAGUGCCACUUGCAGUAUUUUCCACUGUAAAUACUGAAGUGUUGUAGUUGUUGGUCAUAAAAAAAAGGCACAGAAAAGGCUUUGAACGUGGAAGUUUCAUGUGCUGUGUAUUUGGACAUUGUUAUAUGGACACUGUGUAUUUGGACAUUGUUGUGACAUGCAGAUUUGGCUUAUUGGCUUUGUUAUUGGGCUGAUGUUUUUACUUGUAUAUAGUGUUUGUGAAAAUGUGAGAAGCAAACAGUACAAAGUGAAGGAUUUAACUCCAGUGUGACUUAUUUAGUUAAAUAUUGUAGUGACACUGUGUUCAUAAUUGCGGAAAUUGACUCUGCCACACAAUCGUUCUUUUGUGGCACAGUUGAUGCUACGCUGGGCUACAGCCCAGAAGGUUGGGGGUUCGAAUACCACUGCGGACAAGCUCAUUCUCCCUGCCUGUUUUAUUACGAUAUACAUUUUCUCACUUUGACUGCAAUUGAGACACAUUAGAAAAACGUGAAUUAGUGAAUAUAGAUUAGAAUAUAUAUAUUUUUUAAAUUUAAACUAUAGGGUGACUUAAAUUAUAUUUUGAUAACUUCAACGGCUUGAGAGGCAGAGAGAAGUAUAGUGAGAGGAUUGGGGAGAUAGCAGAGGCCUGUAAAGAUGAAGACAACUAGCUACUCGGACGAGUACGGUGUGUGGUAGGCUUUCUGACAGCAGCGGCUGCUGGGGCAUCACCCAAGUGGGUGCUACACAUUGGUAGUGUAGAGGAGUUGCUAGUCAGCUACCUACGGAUUCCAUAAGGAGAGACUGAGGACGUCGGGGACAGCGAGGUGUGCUGAUGGCUGCGGACCUGUCUCUGACUCUGAUAUGACCACCGACCUCCCUGGCUGUGACUUUGACCAGGAUGCUCCCUCCUCUCUCAACUGCUCAGUCCCUUCAACCACCAAAAUCGAUUUGAUUUUGUUCAAUUUGUUGCAUCUCAUCUUAUUAAUUUAAAUGUGUUCCUUGUAUGUGUUACUGUAAUUUAGCUUUUAGCUGCCAUAAUACACAUGAAAC